AUGGACCUGAUGUCCAUUUCCAUGCUGGUCUUUGGAGACCAGUGGACUGUCAGUCUGUCCAAUAUGGACUUGAUGUUUGUCUCCUUGCUGGUCAUUGUAAAUCAGCGGACUGAUGAAGAUGAAGAGCAGAAGAGCAUCAGGGAGGCAUUCGUGAAGAUCACAGUGAAGUUCUUGAGGAGGAGGAAGCAGGAGAAGCUGGCUGACCUCCUGCACAGCAGAAUCAGCAGCUUUGAAGACUUCCAGGUCGCGUUCAUAUUUGACGGUCUGGAUGAGUGUCGACUUCCUCUGGACUUCCACAACCCUACGAUCCUCAGUGACCCCAGAAGGUCCACCUCAGUGGAUGUGCUGCUGACAAACCUCAUCAGGGGGAACCUGCUUCCUUCUGCUCAUCUCUGGAUCACCACAAGACCCGCAGCAGCAAAUCAGAUCCCUCCUUACUGUGUUGACAUGGUGACAGAAGUCAGAGGGUUCACUGACCCACAGAAGGAGAAGUACUUCAGGAAGAGGUUCAGAAAUAAGAAGCAGACCAGCAGGAUCAUCUCCCACAUCAAGACAUCACGGAGCCUCCACAUCAUGUGCCACAUCCCAGUCUUCUGCUGGAUCACUGCUACGGUCCUGGAGAACGUCCUGGAAACCAGAGAGGGAGGGGGGCUGCCCCAGACCCUGACUGAGAUGUACAUCCACUUCCUGGUGGUCCAGGCCAAACUGAAGAAGGCCAAGUAUGAUGGAGGAGCUGAGACAGAUCCACACUGGAGUCAAGAGACCAGGAAGAUGAUCGGGUCUCUGGGAAAACUGGCUUUUGAGCAGCUGCAGAAAGGAAACCUGAUCUUCUAUGAACCCGACCUGAGAGAGUGUGGCAUCGAUGUCAGAGAGGCUUCAGUGUACUCAGGAGUGUUCACCCAGAUCUUUAGAGAGGAGAGCAGCCUGUACCAGGACCAGGUUUUCUGCUUCAUCCAUCUGAGUGUCCAGGAGUUUCUGGCUGCUCUUCAUGUCCAUCAGACCUUCAUCAACUCUGGAGUCAACCUGUUGGAAGAUCAGACAACGUCUCACACAUCUGAAACACGAGAAGAAGUUCAGGAUGAUGAUGAUGAUGAUGAUGAUGAUGAUGAUGAUGAUGAUGAUGAUGAUGACGACGAUACUCGCCUCUAUCAGAGAACUGUGGACAAGACCUUACAGAGUCCAAACGGGCAUCUGGACUUGUUCCUGCGCUUCCUCUUGGGUCUUUCAGUGGAGACCAAUCAGAACCUCCUUCGAGGUCUGAUGACAUCAAACCAAAGAAGUUCACAGAACAAUCAGAAAACAAUCAAAUACAUCAAGGAGAAGAUCAGUGAGGACCUGUCUGCAGAGAGAAGCAUCAACCUGUUCCACUGUCUGAAUGAACUGAACGAUCGGUCUCUGGUGGAGGAGGUCCAUCGGUCCCUGAGGUCUGGACGUCUCUCCACAGAUAAACUGUCUCCUGCUCAGUGGUCAGCUCUGGUCUUCAUCUUACUGUCAUCAAGAGAUCUGGAGGUGUUUGACCUUAAGAAGUUCUCAGCUUCAGAGGAGGCUCUACGGAGGCUGCUGCCGGUGGUCCAAGCCUCCAAGAAGGUUCUACUGAGUGGUUGUAACCUCUCAGAGGACAUCUGUCCAGUUCUGUCCUCAGUUCUCAGCUCUCAGUCCUCCAGUCUGACAGAACUGGACCUGAGCAACAACGGCCUGCAGGAUUCUGGACUCGAGAAGCUGUGUCCUGGACUGGAGAGUCCACACUGUAAACUGGAGUCUCUCAGACUGAGUGGCUGUAACCUCUCAGAGGACAUCUGUCCAGUUCUGUCCUCAGUUCUCAGCUCUCAGUCCUCCAGUCUGACAGAACUGGACCUGAGUAACAACGACCUGCAGGAUUCUGGACUGGAGAAGCUGUGUCCUGGACUGGAGAGUCCACACUGUAAACUGGAGUCUCUCAGGCUGUCAGGCUGUCUGAUCUCAGAGGAAGGAAGUGCUUCUCUGGUCUCAGCUCUGACCUCCAAUCCCUCCCACUUGAGAGAGCUGGACCUGAGCUACAACCAUCCAGGGGAGUCAGCAGGACAGCUUCUGUCUGCUGGACUGGAGGAUCCCCGCUGGAGGCUGAACACUCUCAGGGGUGUGGUGGGAUAUUCCUGUCAACUCACCAUCGACACAAACACAGUCUACAACAAGAUUGAACUGUCUGAUGACAACAGGAAGAUGACACGUGUGGAGGAGGAUCAGUCAUAUCCUGAUCAUCCAGACAGGUUUGAUGUUCAUCCUCAGCUGCUGUGUAGAGAGGUUCUGACGGGUCGCUGUUACUGGGAGGUCCAGUGGAGCAGAGAUGUUUCUGUAGCAGUGAGUUACAGAAGAAUCAGCAGGAGAGGAAACUCUGAUGACUGUAGAUUUGGAAGAAACGAUCAUUCCUGGAGUCUGGGUUGUUAUCCAGGUGGUCAGUACCGUGUCCGGCACAAUAACAGAGAAACAUCCUUCAUCUCCUCAUCUUCAUCUUCAGACUCUGGCAGAGUAGCAGUGUACGUGGACUGUCCUGCUGGAACUCUGUCCUUCUAUGAAGUCGUCUCUGACAGACUGAUCCACCUCCACACUUCCAACACGACCUUCACUGAACCUCUCUGUCCUGGAUUUGGAUUCUGGUCCUGGUCUGGUUCCUCAAUGUCUCUGUGUCCAGUUUAGUCUCAAGAGUCCUGUUAGAGAAACUGUCUCUGUUGGAUUCUGGACUUGGACUCUGGUUCUGGUUUCUCAGUGUCUCGAUGAUGACAACGACGAUCACUGUUUAUCUUUAGU